UAUGUAUGUAAUCCCUGAACUUUUGUAGUAUUGUGAUCGGAGGUGGAAAAAUGUCGACGGUGGUAGAUGGGAGUGUAUCGACGCUGAAUCCAAACGCGCCGGUGUUCGAUCCGGUGGGAUUCCGUGAGGUAGAGGAUUUCUCGCCCAAGUGGUGGGAGCUCGUGACGACAUCAAAGUGGUUCCGUGACUUCUGGCUCAGUGCCAACUCGGAGUAUGAGUUGUCAGAUAUGGAGGACGAGUUGGAGGAGCUAACCAUGACCGAGGCUGAGAUGGGUGGAUCUACCGUGACAGGUAACGAGUCAGAUGUUGGUAGGUACUUGAAGGUGCUUCUGAGCAUGGCGAAGUCUAGGAAAGGGAAGCUCUACAGAUCUAAUGUGUCUUAUUCUACAAAGUAUAACCAGAAGAAUGACCCGAAUUUAUACUGUCGCCGGAACCAUCUCAUCUAUCAGCCUCGGAGUCGCAAAAAAAGAAAACAAAAAAAAAAAAAAAAAAAAAUCUAUCAGCCCUCGGUGAAAAAAGUUGUAGAAGCGUCUGGAGAAAGAAUAAAAGCUCAUCUUUGUGUUUUCGUGAAUGAGAAACUCAUCUUUGCUUGUUGUUCUGUACUACUUUCUUCCUCUGAUUAUGUGAAUAUUCUUCCGUUAUGAGCUUCGUGUUUAACAAAAUCUAUCGCAUAUAUAUGUUAUAUAAGCAAAUAAACAAAUUCGGAAA